AUUCCUAGUCCAAUUCCAUUCAAACUCAAUACCCCAUGAAAAAGGGUAAAAAUAAAACCUGCUUUUCAACUCUCCCAAAACGUGUCUUCUUCAUUUUUAUUCAACCCUAUCUGCCCAGAUCAACCCAAAGCUCCAUUUCUGUAGCUUUUGCUGUUGCUGGUGUGGAUUUGAGGCUCUGAGCUAGAGAUUUAGAGAAUUAGGGGAGAAAAGAGAAGUAUGGGUACGGAGGAAAGUGAGAAACCAAUUGAGGUACGAGCAAUUCAAGCUCUGGGGAAAGGGCUUGAUAUAAGUGGAGAUUUCAGGCUGAAAUAUGCUAAAGGACCGAGGUUGGUUGAGCUCGAUGAAACCAACAAAAGAGACAUUGUGUUUCCAGGUGCUUUUACUGUUAGAGAUGUUCCUCAGGGUAUUCGUCUCGAUAAAGGCGAUCGCAUUCGUUUCAAAUCCGAUGUUCUUGAAUUCAAUCAGAUGUCGGAGUUACUUAAUCAGAAGUCUUCGAUACAAGGAAAAGUUCCUUCUGGCUAUCUUAACUCUAUCUUUGGUUUGAGAGGAGAUUGGCUUCAUGAUGCUGAAGAUACCAAAAACCUUGCUUUCGAUGGUUACUUUAUUUCGUUAUAUCAUUUACACCUUACAGCGUCGCCACUUGUGCUACAUGACAGAGUUAAGAAGUCUGUUCCACCCCACUGGGAUCCAGCAGCAUUGGCUAGGUUCAUACAGACAUAUGGGACACACAUAAUAGUCGGCAUGGCUAUCGGUGGUCAAGAUUUAAUAUGUGUCAGACAGAACUAUUCCUCUUCAAUUCCUGCUUCUGAGCUCAGAGGGUAUUUGGAGGAUCUCGGAGAUGUUAUGUUUUCUGAUGGGAAUAGCCCUUCAUUAUUACAGAGAAAAACAGGGGACUACAAACAAAAAGUGCCUGAGGUCUUUAACCGCAUCUUACAGUCAAACACCUUGCAGUUGGCCAGCAUUGCAGAAACAUCGAGCAAAGAUGGACUCACUAUCAUUUGUUCGAAAAGAGGAGGAAAUGUAUUCUUGCAGGGUCAUUCCAACUGGCUCCAGACAGUACCUGCUAAACCGGAGGGAAUUUCCUUCAAGUUUGUACCAAUUACUUCUCUUCUGACUGGGAUUCCGGGAAGUGGGUAUCUCAGUCAUGCAAUCAACUUGUAUCUUCGUUACAAGCCUGCUUCGGAGGAUUUACGAUAUUUCUUGGAGUUUCAAGUUCCGCGACAGUGGGCACCUAUGUUCUGUGAGCUGCCUCUGAGGCAUCAUAGGAAAAAAGCUUCUUGCCCUUCCCUGCAGUUCGCUUUCAUGGGUCCUAAGAUACAAGUCAGCUCUACUCAGGUUUCGAGUGAACUAAAACCUGUGGUUGGCCUCCGGCUAUACUUGGAAGGAAAGAAAUGCAACCGUUUGGCAUUACACGUGCAGCAUCUCUCUAGUCUUCCGAAUAUAAUGACGGUCCCAUCAGGCCUACCAUGCCAAUGGCGAGGUUCUGAUGACUAUAAAUCGAGCGAUCAAUAUUUAGAGGCAGUCCAGUGGAAGAGAUUCUCAAAUAUAUGCACAUCUGUUGUUAAACAUGACCCUAACUGGUUUCAAGACGUUCCCAAUGGUGUUUUUAUCGUAACUGGUGCACAGCUCCUUAGCAAAGGGAAGUGGCCAAAGACAGUUUUGCAUCUUCGUCUGCUUUACACUCGUAUACCAGACUGCACGAUCCGAAAGACCGAGUGGGGUGCUGCACCGGAAACUUCUCGUAAGGCCGGUUUCCUCGCAAAUCUUAGCACAACAUUCACGUUCACACAACGGACGCUCACCGGACAACAGAAACCGGCUCCAACCACACUUAAUUCGGGUGUGUUUCCCGAUGGUCCUCCGGCACCAAUUCGUGCCAAAAAAUUGCUAAAAUAUGUAGAUGUAUCGGAGGUCGUCCGUGGUCCGCACGAUGCUCCUGGACAUUGGCUGGUAACAGCAGCCAGGCUAGUGAAUGAAGGUGGUAAGAUUAGUUUACAAGUGAAGUUUGCGUUGUUGGAUUAUCCAUGACUUUCAGUUUCUUUUGUACAUAUAAGGUGAGAUCUAUAUACAACUUUACCAUAGGUGCCAU